AGUGACGCUGGCGGCGCCUGGGAGCGUGGCGCGGGCCCGGGGUCACGUAGAGGAGCCCAGUGUCCAGUGAAGCAGCCGAGGACCCGCCGCCCCGCCGCCGCCAUGGUUAUGUCCCAGGGCACCUACACGUUCCUCACGUGCUUCGCCGGUUUCUGGCUCAUCUGGGGUCUCAUCGUCCUACUCUGCUGCUUCUGCAGCUUCCUGCGCCGCCGCCUCAAACGGCGCCAGGAGGAGCGACUACGUGAGCAGAACCUGCGCGCCCUCGAGCUGGAGCCCCUGGAGCUUGAGGGCAGCCUCGCCGGGAGCCCCCCAGGCUUGGCACCGCCGCCACCACCGCAGCGCGGCCGCCUCGAGGCGCCGGCGCACGCGCAUCAGCACGUGCACGUUCACCCGCUGCUGCACCACGGGCCGGCGCAACCACACGCACACCCGCACGCACACCACCACGCGCUUCCGCACCCGCCGCCGGCGCACCUCUCCGUGCCGCCGCGGCCUUGGAGCUACCCGCGCCAAGCGGAAUCGGACAUGUCCAAGCCACCGUGCUAUGAAGAGGCGGUGCUGAUGGCCGAGCCGCCGCCGCCCUACAGUGAGGUGCUCACGGACACGCGCGGCCUCUACCGUAAGAUCGUCACACCCUUUCUGAGCCGCCGCGACAGCGCGGAGAAACAGGAGCAGCCGCCGCCCAGCUACAAGCCGCUCUUCCUGGACCGGGGCUACACGUCGGCGCUGCACCUGCCCAGCGCUCCACGGCCCGCGCCACCCUGCCCUGCGCUCUGUCUGCAAGCGGACCGUGGCCGCCGGGUCUUCCCCAGCUGGACCGACUCGGAGCUCAGCAGCCGCGAGCCGCUGGAGCAUGGAGCUUGGCGUCUGCCGGUCUCCAUCCCCUUGUUCGGGAGGACUACAGCCGUAUAGAGGGGCGUUCCGGGCCCCACCCGCGGACUCAUGGCCUGACUGCGGGGCUUUUUAAAUGCUUCCCUUGGACUG